CUCCUCCAAUCCGGCUUCUGUUCCAGGAAUGAGGGGUGUGAGCCCCCUCCCAAACUGCCUGCUUUUCCCGGAAGUGGAGGUUCUCCCCGGAUUGCUGCUCUGCGCCAUAGCUCUAGGGGCUCGCGCAUUUACAAAGGGGAGGGAGCAGACAGGGGACCCCCCCCCCUUUGAUGUUGCUCGAAAGGAAAUCAGAAUUGGGAGCGAGGGCAAAGAGGCAAUGUCAGAGUGACCGACAAGCUGAGAUACAACCCACAAGCAUCCGAUGACAGCGACUGCAUGAAUAUUCCCACUCAAAGGACCCAUUUUCAUGAUAGACAGUGCCUGGGGCUGGAGGCUCUACACACAGGGUGUGCCUAUGCGGGCCAAAGAUUGCCAAUAUUAGCACAGGGCCUGCCUCCACCUGCAGCAGAAUUCCCCAACCCACCAAGGAUUUGAGACACACCAGCUAUCCGCACCUGGUUUAGCCGGCCGGUUGAAGCUGCUCCUGGGAUUGUGGCUCCUGUUACACACUGACAGCUUCUGGAAAUCACAGGAUUUCCUUUCCGUCCAAAAGGUGAUGCAGAAGACAGAAUUGCGGGGGACAGGACACCUUUGGUUUCAUUAGGAAUAGCCAUUAAAAUGUGUGAAAUGUGGAAUUUGCUUCACUGAAUGAGCACACAUAGUUCAUAUCAAGGAACUCAAAAAGGGAAGAACCCAUUAAAAGGUAUGGAGUGCGGAAAGAGCUUCUGUUUCAAUGCAAAACUUAAAACACACGAGCAGAUUCGCCCAGGGAGAAAACAUUUUAAGUGCAGGGAGUGAGGGAAGAACUUCAGUCAGAGUGGAAACCUUUAAUUGCACAAACGGACUCAUAAUAGGGGGAAACCAUUUCAGUGCAUGGAGCAUGAAAAGAGUUUUGGUGAUAGUGGACACCUUAGAAGACAUCAACGGAUUCACACAGGGGGGAAACCAUAUAAAUGUAUGGAGUGUGAAAAGAGCUUUAGUGAUAGUGGAAGCCUUAGAAAACAUAAAUGGACUCACACAGAGGAGAAACCAUUUAAAUGCAAGGAGUGUGGAAAGAGUUUUAGUGAUAGUAUAAGACUUAGAAUACAUCAACGGACUCACACAGGGGAGAAACCAUUUAAAUGCACAGAGUGUGGAGAGAGCUUCAGUCAGAGUGGACACCUUAGAAUUCAUCAACGGACUCACACAGGGGAGAAACCAUUUAAAUGCAUGGAGUGUGGAAAGAGCUUUAGUAAUAGUGGAAGCCUUAGAAUACAUCAACGGACUCACACAGGGGAGAAACCAUUUCAAUGUAUGGAGUGUGGAAAGAGCUUUAGUACUAGCGGAACACUUAGAAAACAUCAACGGACUCACACAGGGGAGAAACCAUUUCAAUGUAUGGAGUGUGAAAAGAGUUUUAGUAAUAGUGGACACCUUCAAAUACAUCAAAGGACUCACACAGGGGAGAAACCAUUUAAAUGCAUGGAGUGUGGAAAGAGCUUCAGUCAAAAACAAACAAAAUGCCAAAUGACUCUAAAAUGAAAAAAACUAUUGGUGCAACAGGAAGCUCCCAACAAAGACGGACCUCAAUGGCGGAUCACGAAAUGGACUUGAAAGAAUUGAUUUGGAGUCUGAAGGAAGACAUGGGAGAAGUGAAAAAAGACCUCGCCGAAAUUAAGAAAGAGAUGAGUGACAGAGUCAAAACAUUAGAGGAUAAAGUAGAAAAGCUGGAAGAAAAAGCUGACUGUGAUAUAAAGGACAAAGAAGAAAUAAAGUGCCACAUGAAGGAACUUGAUGAGAAGAGUUUGGAAACAACAAGAGUAAUAGAAGAACUAAAAUUGAGAAUACAAGAAAUGGAAAACACAAUAAAGAAAAUGACCAAGGAAAAAAAAGACAAUAAGAAAGAAAUAGAAAAAGCAAAAAAAGACAUGGAAAAACAAAUGAUGAUACAAG